CUCCUUCCUAAUCAAAUAAAAAGUAGUAUAUACUUUAUGUAUUAAUUUUUGUUUCAUUAAUAUUUUUCCCCAAAAUAAAUCCGGGCCAUUGAGAGCUGGAAACCCAAACAGGCACAAAAGGCAGAUAAUAAACCAUUCAGAGGUGUCCAAACCAACGGCUGAUUCUUUUGCAACGUGUCUCGAUACCCAUCCUAUCAUAGGCCCACCAAGAUGUGGACCUACAUCAAAUGACACGUGUCCAAAAGCUGUAUUUCAAGUUCCUAUGCAAAGCCCACCAGAUUCUCUCUCUCUACAGUUCUAAAAUUUCUUAAUCCCUCUUUCAAAUAUUUUCAUUAAACAAAACUUAUUUGAAAAUUUUAUAUUUCAUUUUAUUUAUUUGCAUGAACUCUUAAUCCACUCGGUCUCAAAUCCCCAAACCCCAAAAAGAUAUUUGAAAAAAGAAACUAGAAAACCUUUGUUUUGUCUUCAAAUAUUGAAACUUUCCUUCACUUUCCCACUGAAAAUUUUUCAUCUUUUCCCAGGAAAAAUGAGGUGGGAAAAGGUUCAGUUAUACCCAAAAGAAGAAGGAGGUGUGGGAGAAGCAUGUGCGGGGCCAGGGAAAAGAUGGGGACAUACAUGUAACGCCAUUAAAGGAGGCAGAUUUCUCUAUGUUUUUGGUGGUUAUGGCAAAGAUAAUUGCCAAACCAAUCAAGUUCAUGUCUUUGACACUGCUAGUCUGACAUGGAGCCUACUAGCAACAAAAGGCACACCUCCAAUUCCAAGGGAUAGUCAUAGUUGUACUACUGUUGGUGACAAUCUAUUUGUCUUUGGUGGUACUGAUGGGAUGAAUCCUCUCAAGGAUCUGCAUAUAUUAGACACUGCAACAUGCACAUGGAUUUGUCCAAGUGUAAGAGGUGAAGGGCCAGAGGCACGUGAGGGUCAUAGCGCAGCUCUUGUUGGUAAACGACUCUUCAUAUUUGGUGGCUGCGGAAAGUCUUCUAAUAACAAUGAUGAAAUUUAUUACAAUGACCUCUAUAUUUUAAAUACAGAGACCUUUGUCUGGAAACGUGCUGCAACAUUGGGGAACCCACCAUCUGCUCGUGAUAGCCAUACUUGCUCAUCUUGGAAGAAUAAAAUUAUUGUAAUCGGUGGUGAAGAUGGGCACGAUUACUAUUUGUCUGAUGUCCAUAUCCUGGAUGCAGACACUCUUGCAUGGAAAGAGUUGAAUACCUCAGGCCAGAUGUUGACACCUCGUGCUGGCCACUCUACUGUUGCUUUUGGCAAGAACUUGUUUGUUUUUGGGGGAUUUACAGACGCUCAGAAUCUUUAUGACGAUCUCUACAUGCUUGAUGUUGAUACUGGCAUUUGGACCAAGGUGAUAACUAUGGGUGAUGGCCCUUCUGCUCGAUUUUCUGUUGCUGGGGAUUGUUUAGAUCCCCUGAAGAGCGGUGUUCUUGUGUUUAUUGGUGGCUGCAAUAAGACCCUUGAGGCAUUGGAUGACAUGUACUACUUGCACACAGGACUUAUUUUACGAGAUGAAAGGAAGCUAGAGAAGUUAUCGUUGAGAAAGCAGCUAAAGCUUAAGUGUCAAGAACAAAAUCUUAGCAAUCUUGCACAAGAUAAAGCUCUUGUUAGAAUUGAAGUCAGCAAUGACGUGAACCAACCCAUUCCUUUAUCUAGUUAUGGCCAACCAAGAAGAGAAAAUUUUCCAUUAAACCAAGUCCUGCAUCAAGGAAAGAAGACAUUUCGGGCUAAGGUUACUGAGAGCUUCCCACAUGGAUAUACUAUUGAGACUAUUAUAGAUGGGAAGCCGCUUCGAGGAAUACUUUUUGCAAACACACCUAGCUCUGUACAUGUACACAAUCAUAAUCCCAGCAGAAAAAGGACUUCUGUGGAAGUUGGGGGUACUGUACUAAACGGUGAUUGCGACAGUAAAUCAAGAAGUGUGAGGCAGGAUUCUGGAGAUCAUAAACAAGCUGAUGUCCAUGAGAAGGAUUAUUUAUUGCAUGAUACAGAAGUUCCUGCCCCAAGUUCGAGGGAUCCAGCACAGUCUGAUCUAUCGACCCACAAGCAGGAAUCCGUGAAACAAGAUUUUUCUCAAUCGGCAGCUCAUCUAAACUUAAACGAUGAUAAGGCAAGCAAUACAUUGAACUCUGGCACUGAAGUUCUGAAAGGAAUUGAAGCUGUGAGUGCUGGUUUCUCUGUAAACUUUUCUCCAAAGCAAGAUGAGAGGAGACCAAAAACCUUGGAGCACAACAAUCCCGAGAAACCGAUAUGACCAGUGAACAAUCUUUAACUCCAUUAUUGACUACAAGACAUAACCGAAACGAGCAAGCCAUGUGUACAUUUAUUGCUUUAAGGUGGUUAAUUGAUGCAUGUUAUGUUACUGCUGUAUAAAUACUGGAUCUUCAGCUUAGUUUCUAACAAGUAACGAGCCUCCAAUCCACUUUCACUCUUCAUUUUUGCUGUCUAACGACUAAUAUCUGCCUUGAAA